AUGCAAAACUUGUCCACUGAGAAAAGCCAAGAGAGCCCCCUAGAAGAUUCAGCAAGAUCAAUGGUCGAUCUCGCGGCGCCCACACGGGCAGGAUCCAUGAAGAGAAAAAGCAGGAGCCUAACACCGAAAAAAAGUCGCAACAGCAGCAUCGGCAGUGGCGGUCUUGCUUCAUCAAGACGAGUGCUGACUUCUCCUCCUCCUCGUUGCAUCGUUGAUGAUGAUGACUCGAGCCAGGUCUCAAAAAUGAGUACAACGCCUCGGCGUAACCGCAGCAGCAAAACCAAAAUGGUGCUGACUUCUCCUCCUCCUCGAUGCAUCCUUGAUGAUGAUGACUCGAGCCAGGUCUCAAAAAUGAGUACAACGCCUCGGCGUAACCGCAGCAGCAAAACCAAAAUUGUGCUGACUUCUACUCCUCGAUGCAUCCUUGAUGAUGACGACUCGAGCCAGGUCUCAAAAAUGAGUAAAACGCCUCGGCGUAACCGCAGCAGCAAAACCAAAAUUGUGCUGACUUCUCCUACUCCUCGAUGCAUCCUUGAUGAUGACGACUCGAGCCAGGUCUCAAGAAAGAGUACAACACCUCGGCGCAACCGCAGUAGUAAAUCCAAAGUGAUGGAUCGCCGCAGCGCCUCUAUUACUCCCAAGUCAUCUCAGCUACAAGAACAAAUUCAAGAAGAAAUUGUUAAGCUAAAGGCUAUUCAAGAUCAAAUGGAGGAGCACCAAGCCUACUUGGAAAAACAACAUCGAGAGUUUGAGCGUCAAAUCCAUACCAUGGAACUCUGUCUUGAAAUGUCGGAAUCCAAAAAUGUUGAACUGGAAUCUCAAUUGGAAGAAGCCCUGGAAGAAAACGAUAGACUUUCUCAUGGUCGAAGAAGCAGAUUUAAGUCCAUUCCAUCCAAAAAAUUUAAUUACUCGAGCAAUGAGCGAGACGACGUGGAUGAGGUGGAACUGCUUCGUUUGGAAAAUGAAAUAUUGCAAGGGAAGUUGCAACGUUGUGAAGUGGCACUUCUUCGAACCAGCGAUCAUAUCCCAAGUAGCUUUGGAACCAGCGACCAUUCCAGUAGCUACUGCUCUUAA